AUGGCCUCGAGAACAGGGGUCGCAGCUUCGACCAGCUCUUCACCCGCUGCAUCCACGGCUGCGUCCGUGUCUCAGGGCGCUGGCACCAAUGCCAACGUCCCCCAGAAACCCCCGCGCAUUCUCGCCUGCGUGCUUUGCCAGCACCGUAAAAUCAAGUGCGACAGGAAUUUCCCUUGCGCCAACUGCGUAAAGGCAAAUGUUACAUGCACUCCCAGCACGCCGGCUCCGGCUCGAAAACGCAGGAGGCCAAACCAAGACCUCCAGGAGCGCCUGGCGCGGUGCGAGGAGCUCUUGAAGGAGUACGCGUCAGCGAAGCCACCAUCCCCUUCGCCCGCCAACUCUCCCGAGCCCAAGCGUGCCAAACUCGAACGCCCGCCUGAGUUCACAGAUCCUGCUGCCAAGUGGAAGCCAGCCGGCCAGCUCAUCGAGGAAGAUGGCGGCCUGCGCUUCAUGGAGUCCCGGGUCCUGGGGACAGUAUACGAUGAGCUGAGGUCGAUGCGCAAACUGGUCGACGAGGAGAUACAAUGCGACGAUGCCACACCAGCGCCUCUCGAUGAGUACUCAAACUCUCCCGACGACAACUCCGAAUUGAUCUUUGGCGCCGAGACCCCAUCAACCAACCCGGAAGACCUCACACCAAGCCCGAGCCAUAUCGUGCGCCUCUGGCAGAUCUAUCUCGACCGGUGCAACCCCCUGACCAAGGUCAUUCACGUCCCCACCAUCCAACCUUACCUGCUGGAAGCCACUGGCACAUCUCCCAACUUGCCAAAGAACGUCGAGGCCUUGCUCUUCUCCAUAUACACACUCGCAGUCGUGUCGAUGACCAAGGAUGAAUGUGAAGAAGUACUUGGUAUACCUAGGGAGAAGGCCCUUGCCAAAUUCAGCGCAGGCCUUCGCUCAUGCAUGAUCCGCCUGGGCUUCCUGAAGACCCACGACCUUUUCACUCUGCAGGCUCUUGUCAUAUAUCUGAUUUCCUUGCAAGGCAGGUAUAACCGCCAUGCGUCCUGGAUCCUCAAUGGGGUCGUAAUCCGUAUCGCCCAGAAAAUGGGUCUGCACCGCGAUGGUGAGCUCCUUGGCUUGAAGCCGUUCGAAACCGAGAUGAGGCGGCGAUUGUGGUGGCAGAUCAUCAUGCUCGACUCCAAGUACGCCAUACUAUCCGGCCUCAGCCAUACACUACUUCCCCGUGGCUGGGACACCAAGGAACCGAAGAACAUCUCAGAUGCCGAUCUGUUGCCUUCUGCUACAGAACCGAUCCAGGAUCAGGAGGGUCCGACCGAUAUGAUUCUCGUCCUCGCUGUAUUCAAGAUCGCCAAGAACCUGAUCCAGGCACCCGACAUCGAGGCGAUUCUGAUUUUAGACGAGCUCGAGUGUAAGACAGCACCACAGAGCGAGAAGAUCGAACAGUAUCGUAAUGUUGUUCGGCGUCUCCAAGAAGACUUCGAAGAGUUAUUCGAAAGGUACUCGUCGCCGACAGCCGGAGACCUCCAUAAGCUGGCUCGACAAAUAGGAGACCACAUCAUGAGCAAGCUCUGCCCGCUGAUCAAAGCAUCGGCAGAAGGCCGUGAACAGAACGGCGAGGUCUCGGAUCAAAGCAGCAACACCUUCCGGGUUGCUGUUGACUCUACGAGCCAUGCUGUGGAGCAGCACAAGAUAGCUAACUACCCGGCCUGGGACUGGUUCCAUCGCUUGCACUUCCAGCUCGACAUUUUCGCCUACCUCGUGGGCCAACUUACCCACCGCACGGAAGGGCGCCUUGUGGAUCAUGCAUGGGAAAUCGUCGAGAACGUCUACAAAUACUACCCAGAAUUCUAUGACAUCUCGCAGAGGGUAUAUCACCAGCUCGCCUACUUCUUGUUCAAGGCCUGGCGCAGGCGGGAAGAAGUCCUCCGGAAACGACUAGGCCACGCACCAGAAGUCCCGUACUGUGUGCAAAAGCUGCGGGCAUUGAUGCCAGGGCCGGACGAUUCGAGCGUCAAGAGCGAGACAGGGAAGACACCGAACAACGAGAUGUUCAACUUCGUCACCGGCGGCGCCAGCCGUUACAACGGCAACGGCGACAGAGGAGCUCUGCAUUACAACGGGACCGACAGCUCACAGUUCGAUAUUUACAUGGGCAACUACUUCGACCUGGAAGCGUUGGAGUUUGAUCUAUGGGGUGGGAAUCACCCACAGAUGGUGCCCAACAUGCCAGUGCCCCACUCAGCGGCACAGGCAGCGGCGAUGCAGGUGCAAAAUGCGUUCCCAUACGGGAUGGGACCUCCGUCUGAAUGGUGA